CUUGGCCAAUCACUUCAUGGGAUUAGUGCAUCUCGUUCGUGCGAAAUAGCUGAACGAGUUCCGUCGGAAGGAGUUCCAUCUUCCUCGCACCAAACCUGCUAAGCACACGAGAAGACCAACGGAGAGAUGGCAAAGGCGAGUGCCACGCCGAAGGUAGCAGCUCGCCGGCGAGCCAAGGCCGUCAGGCCCCUGCCGAACAGGCCCCAUCGCUUCCUCCGCUUGGUCGCCGCCAUCCGAAAACUCACCCGCCGCCGCCCUCACCGCCGGGGCCUCGCCGCAGUCUCCCAGUCCUCGCCGCCGCCGCCCCCGACCUCCGACGAGCGGAAAUGCGCGAACCGACCUCCAAGCCCUUCGCCGCCGCCAGCGGAGGCGGAGCAGGCGCGUCACGAGGAGCGCACCGCGGAUGCCGCCGCCGCCGCAGCCGAGGCCGUCGCGGGCAAGUACUGGGCCCACCGGCACAGCCUCUUCUCGCUGUACGACCGCGGCGUGCGGAUGGACGCCGAGGGCUGGUACUCCGCCACCCCGGAGGCCAUCGCCGCCGCGCAGGCCGCCCGGGCCGCGCCCGCCGGCCUCGUCCUCGACGCCUUCGCCGGGGUCGGCGGCAACUCCAUCCAGUUCGCCGCCAGGGGCUGCUACGUGGUUUCGGUGGAGAUCGAUCCCCGCAAGGUGGAGCUGGCGAGGCACAACGCCAGGAUCUACGGCGUGGAGGACAGGAUCGAGUUCGUCGUCGGGGAUUUCUUCCACCUCGCGCCCUACUUGAAGGCAGAUUUGGUGUUCCUUUCACCGCCAUGGGGAGGGCCAUCAUACAAUCAAACACCAGUGUACACCCUCGAUAUGCUGAAGCCAAAAGACGGGCAUGCAAUAUUUCAAGCUGCUCAGAAUAUAGCUCCUAAUAUCAUCAUGUUCUUGCCACGGAAUGUGGACAUAGGCCAAGUGGAGGAACUUUCGUGGUUGUCUUCUCCUCCAUUAGAUUUUGAAGUAUACUACUCUUACUCCCCUCUUUUAAAUGGUUCCAUUUUCAUGGCUCCGAGCAUUUUACAACUGUUAUCCUAGGACGAGACCUUAAUAUUCAAGUUUUCUAUAGAGUGAAGAGAGCUACGUACAACACAGAUUCAAAGGAAUUACUGCUUACUUUGGGGAUGUGGCACGAUGAUCGAGUUCGUUAUCGAAGUUGAGAGCAAGGACCCAGUGAGGCGAAGUUCUUCCUAAGCUAUGCGUAAAAAAAAAGUUCUUCCUAAGCUACUUAUGUUUUUUUCCUUCUAAGUCAUAAGUUGGUGCAGAAGGAAUUAGUCUUGCAGAUGUGAUGCCCAUGUACAUAUCAACUGAAUUUUGACUAUUUCAAUUAAUAUAUGACCCGGUCAUAGCCAA